AUGAGCUCCUCGCUUUCACCAGGAAAGGUGUUACUUCUCGCCGCACACUAUGCCACGCACGGCGAUAUUGAGAGCCUCGCCCGCUUGUCCAGCCAACGAGACAAAGUCCUGCAUAAAGAGCUGUUGUUGAGGAUUCUGCUUACUUACCUGCCUGAAACUGUAAAGCCCUCUGCCUACGUUGGCUUUUUACUCGCGCUGGCUGGGGAUCAUCUUGAAGAGUACAACGAGGGUGGAUUGGACACAACUCCUGUUGACGACUUGUCUGAAGAUGAAGCUUCCAAGAAGGCAAGGAAACUGCGUCUGCAGCAUCUUACGUCCGCCGAGGCACCAGGCGACUUUCAAGAUGAUGCGAUAACCAUCUUUCUUAUCCAGAGGUCGUAUAAGAUGGAUAGCGAAACUGGUCUUCUGUCACAAGUUCCAAGUCUACUGGCUCUAUUUCAAUCCCGUUCACCGGCACUGUCAUCUUGGAUUACGUCGACCGUGGUCCCGUAUGUAAGGAGAAACGUGGAGUAUUACACUGAUGAGAAUCAUCCAUAUUCUCUUCUCGAUUUUCAGAAGCUCUCAGAUCCAGCAGCCGUGCUCUAUUUGCUCUCACGGACUGGAAGCCGCGAGGAUGAUAGAGGUUUCAUCGGCCGUGAUAUUAGAGGCUUGGUUGGGCCAUGGCUUCAGGGAAAGUCCCGGUGGGCAUCAAAUUCUACAAGUGGAGAGCAUACCGCCAGCGACACGGGACCGGCAAUCUUGUCUGCUGGGUGGGAGCAGUUCCUAGAAUGGCUCGUCGGCCAAGCAACUACUUCAUGGACCGUUGCUGUUGCUGUAGCCGAGCAGUGGGGAGGUCCCAGAGACCUGGAUCUAGGGGAGGCGGCCAACUUGGAACUCACAGAGUCUCAGCAACAGUAUCUGCUACGCAGCUAUGUACGGGCGGUGCUUGCGUCUGCCUAUCUAGUAUCUGAAGCCACGGUGGGAGCACUUCCAGGCGCCUAUCAGAUGGCGAGCAAGAUGAGACGGAUGCUUGGCUACAGUGAGGUUCCUUCCACCCUGGAGAUGGCCAUCUCCAUACUACCAAGCCUGUCGGGCUUUGAUGUGUCGUCACUCAUUGGCAUGAAGACUGCGACAUAUAUGAGGAACGAUCUACUUGAAGAAAAGAAUCCAUUAACUUCCCCCACAGAGGGAGCAAUGACUUUAUUAAUAGCGUUGAUUCUGAGUGCCUAUAUCUGUACCACCCUGGGCGUACCUUGCUCUGUUAGAAAAGCUGGAGAUUUGGCCUUUAUUCAGGACCAGCGUGAGCAAAAAGGAGAAAUCGCCAAGCUUAUUCGCAGCGCGGCCACCAAAGUACAUGGGGACGAAGAUACGUACUGGUCACAAAUAAGGGACCGUUUGCUAUGGUUGAACAAUUGGGGUUAUGAUGGGGACCAGUCUACCAAUUCCGAAGCUAUAAGGGGGAUUAUCGGAGCAGUUCCCAAGGAAUUCAUCGAGACGGAGAUUCUAAAAGCUCUUCUCUCCAACUCACGCUAUACACUUGCUAAGAGCAUCUACGAAGACGAUCCCAAGCAGCCCCUUGCCUCGGAAAUCAUACAAGAUACAGUAUACCAAGCGGCCCUGCGUGCCUUUGACAAUGCUUCCAACCCCAAUCGGUCAAGAGGAGGGCUGAAGAAGUGCGAUGAGAUCAUUCACUCAUUCCCAAAGACAUUAACCAAUACGCACCCGGCUACCAAACGGGUGGAAGCCCUUUUACGAUGCACGCAUGCUUUGAGUGAAUAUCGGCUUACGCUUAAGCAAGGCGAACCGUUUAAGCCUGUAGUCCUUCGCGUUCAUUCCGAUCCAGUAUCCAUAAUCGACAAGGUUCUGGAACAAAAUCCAAAGGCAUACACUCGUCUCCCCGAGUUCUUGGAAAUGGCGGCCAAUAUGGUGCGCGCUGGCAUCACGCAACAAGCUCGCUCCGUCAAGCUAGAGUCAACAACAGGAGACAACAGCAAGGAGCUUAUUCGAGUAGAAAAGUUCAUCACAGCCCUGUGCAUAGAAGCUGCGCUGAGGGAAGACGAUUUCGAGACGGCAUACUCUUAUGUGGUUAGUCGCCUGGAAACGACCACCUCCAACGGAACCCAAGAGCGCUCAAACGAAGAAGACGAAUGGUCCUGGAAGGCCGCCCUGAAAGCCGGGCAGUACAUCCGCACCGAGCGAACUCUGCUGCCAACACACCUCGGCAUAGCGAGCGGCAACCCCGAGAUCCGUCACCUGGAACAGCGGAUAGAGUGCCUCGCCACUGCGCUGCGCGUCGCGCCCACCUCCCAGCUGCAGGAAAUCCUCAAAACAUUCCGGCGCUGCGAAGAGCAGCUGGACUCUGCCAUUAGCGAGGAGGCCGCUGCUGAGGCUUCUUGGGCUUCCGCUGGCGAGGUCCCCGGCGCGUUUGAGUCGUCUACUUCGCACAAUCUGCAGUCGACGCGGAACAUGACGGCCACGGCUGCAGCUAAACAGGCGGAGGAGGCGCCCAUGUCCCUGUUUGACCUAUCACGGGCAACCGCCAGUGUGGCACAGCGCAAUUUCACAAAGUUGUCCAGCCUGUCAUCGCUCGCCACCUCGAGGCCUUCAGCACCAUCACCAACCGGAGAGCAGGCGCCACAGCGGUUAAGGAAGAGGGAUCAGCUUAGAGAGGCCGCCACCGGCACACUCGUCUCUGGAGUUGGCUGGCUGAUUGGGGCAAGCGUGAAUCGAGAACAAACAGAAACUUGA